UGUACUUUGCGCCGAUUGGUUGAUAGGUAACUGUUAAUGACAGCUUAUCCCAAAUCCAAAUUCCCCUACACCAUCAACCCAUCAGCCAUCAGCCAUCAGCCAUCAGUCAAUUCAUCCCAUUGCUGAAACCUGAACAGACUACCUCUGUGCAGUGCAGUGAGGUGCAGUGCAAAUCACAUUCACUUUGUCAUUUAUCUUACCGUCUCGUAUUAUAUAACAAGAUUUUCUUCCGUUCAGAAAAAAAGAAGAAAAGAAAAAAGGAAAACCGUGUUAUUUCAUAAAAUCGGCACUGAAUCAUCUGUUGUUUCUGGUUCAGCUGAGAAGCUUGCAUCGUUCAAUGUUCAUCCUUCGUCCCCAGCUGCAUUACUUCCACACUCUUUCUUAACUGGUAUUAUAAAUAUACAGUGCACUGCUCGACAUAAUCGGCGCACUACCUUCCCUCACUGGUUUAGCCCCCCCAAAGAUCUACGUACAAUUAGUAUCUUGCGAAGCACGUCCACGCACAAUUGAGCAUCGUUGAGACACCUUCGCAUCGAGGCACUUGGUGCUGCCAUCAAUCUCCUUUACCUCCACUGUUACUUCCACCUAGUCGGCAAAUCUCACAGAGGAGCGCCCUCUACAAUUCCAAUUCAUAAUGGAUAUUUCCACUAGCCACUCAACCCUCACCACUAUUGGCGGAUGGGUGGUCAUUUUGGCGAUCAGCGGAGCUAUCUGGUAUCGGAACCAGCAAAAGAAGACUCAGAGGACCAUUCGCCGCGGCUCCUUCACCAAGCAAUCGGGGAAACAAAUCGAUACCGAUCUAGUAAACGAUACCAAGAAGAAGGUUGAAAAGGUUUCGAAGCCCAAGCCUAAGCCGAAAGCUCCAACGACCACAUCGAACGAACCCACUACACCUAAUGUCAAUUUCAAUCGAGACGAGGACGAAGCUGCUGGCAAGAAAGCCGACCGUGAAUUUGCCCGUCAAUUAUCCAGUACCCACGCAGGAACCAAGUUCAGCACUAAGAAGUCUGACGAUAAGAAGCAGAAGUCUGUCAAGCAGUCCAAAGCUCAAGAGCUUCCGGAUGCAUCAGCUGGAAAGGCAUCUGUCCCAUCCUCCCACGCGGGCGAUGCUGAUGAUGAUCUAUCGUCACAAGCUUCUCCUGUAGUUGGGGCCGCUGACAGCCGUGAUGUAUCCGAUAUGCUCGAGCCUGUCGCAUCUGGCCCUUCCGUCCUCCGUCUUACUGACGUCGAUUCUGUGAAGCCUAAAGAGCGAAAGCAAAAGGCACCCGAAGUUGUUGAGACGAAGAAGCAACGCCAGAACCGAAAGAAGGCCGAGGCUGCUAAGGCUGCCCGUGAGGAAGAGGAAAAGGAGCGCAAGGUUAAGCUGGAGCAACAGAGACGAACUGCUCGUAUUGCCGAGGGACGACCCGCUAAGGACGGCUCGAGCUUCACAGCCAGUGCCCAAAAUGCCUGGAAUGAAAAAUCCACCACCAAAAACAGCACGGUCCAACCCCUUGACACUUUCGAGCAACAAGCCAAGGUUGAACCCACAAAGCCGAGCACUGUGAGCGCUGCCGGAACCACUAAGAAGUCCGACCCCUGGUUGUCCGGCAUGCCUUCGGAGGAAGAGCAGAUGGAGCUACUCCGCCAAGAGGAUUCGUGGAACGAGGUCAAGACCAAAAAGAAGGGAAAGAAGAAGGAUGCCUCCGCUGAUGUGUCGGCUUCCUCUGCUCCGGCUACCAACGGUCGUAGCGCCACAAGUACCCCCACUGUCAAGGCCCCGGCUCCGGUCAAUGGCACCAAGAAGCCGAUCCUGACCAGCAGCAACUCUUCUUUUGCUGCCCUGACUCCCGAGGAGACAGAUGAUAUUGAUGAAGAAAAAGAAUGGGACGUAUGAUAUGUUAAGAAUAUCAUAUCGUGGAUGUCUCAGGGGCGUCCAUCUUUACUUCUUUAUACAUUUUUGUCUGCUGUGAAUAUUGCAUAGACUCGACCACCACUACUACCACACCACACCUUCUUCCCCGCCAACGGUCAAUAUUGCUGUUGUACAGUAUUCUCCUCAACACAUCACGCCGUAUCGAAUCCCAUUAUGCACAUGGACAUCGAGUAUUGCCUAUGAAAAAAAAAACGGGCUUGGACUUGGAUUGCAAGACGGACGUUCCUCUUGCCAUUUCCCUGAGAAAACGCAGAAUUAGUCGUCCUUGCUUUGUAUUAGUGACUUAUGAUUUUCCUUUCCUGAUAAUUGCAGCUCGUUGUUAUACAGACGUACAGAAUUACCCGUUGCCUGACGAUUACGACUCGUAGCCGGAGCCUGUACCAAUGUUUUGAAGUCCACUAUAGGGGACGGAUACUGGGCGUUGUUAUUUCUUAGUUGUAGUGGCUAUAGAUUCAAAUAGCUCAAUGAAUGCGUACCUUACUUUCCUUUUCUCUGUGCUCGUGUUGUUUUGAUAGUAUGAAUACAAACGAUACCUACC